UAGUUAUGCGGCUCACCCCGUUCAGGAGUCAUUGUGUCUGUGUCUUGGCCACCAGAAGCAUCGAGUAGUGUAAACGCUGCCAGUGUUGGCACUCCACUUCUGCGACCGAAGAAAACUUGGACAAUUUGGAAGCAAUAACGUGCAAGGAUAGUAAAAACAAUCAGAAUGGAGCUGGAGACCUUUAUUCUGUCGGAGAAGGACAAAGAAGGCCUUCGAGAACUCGUGGAGGUUGGAUACAUACCCCAGGAACCGGUGUGCGUAGGAAUAAAGUCCACCGCCAAAGAGAUGGCGCCUUUUAUAGCAGAUGUGGGGAACAGAGGACUCGGAAGUGGUGCCAGUUUUGGCAUGAGGGAAAAACCCUCAGGAAGGAUCAUUGGUGUCAUGAGCAACUUCGUCGUCACACCAGACGACAGCGAAAUCUUCCAGGAGACCAAAUACGACGAGGAAAAGAGCAACUGGUACUCAAAUGUCAUGCGGGACUUCAGCACAGGAGUGGACGUCUUCCAGGGGAAAUUCAAGAAGUGUCUUGAGUUGAUGAUCCUAUGUGUCCAUCCCGAUUACACUGGGAAAGGAUUGGCGAAGAAGCUCGUCAAACUGAGUGAGGAGAAAGGAAGAGAGAUAGGCUGCGAUGUGUUGUCCAUUCAAGCAACAAACAUCAUCACAUACCACAUCUCCAAGAAACUGGGUUUUCAAGAGAUUCACAGGCAGGAACUCGACACGCUGACAGACGAGAAGGGUCGCCCCGUUCUAGACAUGGAGUUUUUGAAGACUAACGGGACCACAUUUCUCUCUUACUUAACCAAGGCACUAUAAAGCUUUGAGUUAUUAGGGUUACCAAAGCUAGAAUUAGCAUUUAAUCAAAGGCCACAAAAGGGGCAGUUAUGAUCCAGGACUAGAGAACAUUCUGUAGACCUUUGUUUGGCGUAUACUCACGCUAGAAUUGCAUCUCCCAUUUAACAAGACAGGGCUAGAGAUGAUUAACGAUGUUAGCUUUAUAUCUUAUAUUUAUGUUCAAACAUGACACUAACCUAUAAAAUUAAAAACCGAUAGAAAGAAAAACAUAACUUAUUUGAACCAAAAUACGUUAACAGGAAACAAAAAACAUCAACAAUAUUACUUGCAUGUUCUUUGGUUCUAUGCUACUACUGGCUAAUGAACAGAAAUAAUGAUCACUUCGAACUGAAUCUAACUAAUAAAAUCUCACUACUUUCAGUGAACAGGAACUUGGGUAAAGGAUACAUAAACAAGGCUUCGAAAAAAAUUGGCAACGAUUGAAAUUAUCUCCAGCCAACACUUCAGUGGAAUAGUCAUGAUAGACCUAUUACGGGUAUUCACUGUCCACAAUCAGUCGUUAAAAUACUAUGCAGAAAUUUACCAUUUUUCAUCCAAAUAUUACUUUGGCGAUUUUUCAUUUGUAUCGGUUUUCAUCAUCUUAUCAAUUCAGUUGUUCACAUAAUCAUUAAUGUACUAAAGAUAAUAUAUAU